CCUUGGAGCUCAAGGAAUCUAUGGAUCUGACCGUGGACCCCUGCGAGGACUUCUUCAAGUACACCUGCGGGAACUGGAUCGCGAAAAACCCCAUCCCACCGGCCGCCAACACCAUGACCAUCAUCAAGGGGAUGGAGGACCAGCUGCACGAGAGGAUCCGAGACGUUCUCAGGGCGAAUCCCUCGCCGGGUGACAGUGUGCCCGUUCGGGAUGCGAAGACCUUGUACGCCGCCUGCGUCAACACUGCAACUCUGGAGUCUCUGGGGCUGGAACCUCUCACCUCCAUCAUGAAAAACUACGGCGGAGGCUGGCCGAUGACCCUGUACGGAUGGAAUGGAUGGGACUUCGACUGGCAGGAGACGGCGGCCGCCUGGAUGCGAAACCUGGACCAGGCGAACCUAGGUCUCUCGGGUCGGGACCUGUACCUGGAGCCAUCGUUUCAGGCGAUCCUGUUCGCCUACAAAGACCUGAUGAAGGAGACGGCAAAGCUGGUCCGGGACCAUCUCGGCUCCUACGUGUCGGACGAGGACAUCGAACAGCAGGCGGAGGGAGUCAUCGCCUUCGAGUCCGAACUGGCCCAGAUCAUGAUGCCGGACGAGGACAGGCUGAAUCACACGAAACUGUACAACAAGCUGAGCCUGGCGGAUCUCCAGAAUGCCACCGACGCCAUCGCCCCGAAAGUCAUCAUGAUGCCGGACGAGGACAGGCUGAAUCACACGAAACUGUACAACAAGCUGAGCCUGGCGGAUCUCCAGAAUGCCACCGACGCCAUCGCCCCGAAAGUCUCAUUCGACGGAUAUUCACUGCAGAUCACGUGGACGACGUUUCUAAACGCAUUGUUCUCGAGCGUGGGCCAGACCUGGGACAGCAGGGACGAAGUCGUCUGCUACGCCACGGACUUCAUGGCCCGCCUGGCCGACCUCCUCGUCCAGACUCCGAAGAAGACGAUCGCAAACUACCUGCACUGGCGGCUGGUUUACGCGGCGGGAGAUGAGACGAACCUUGCCAUGCGGGAUCUCUUCUUCCGAUUCUCCCAGAACGUCUCGGGGAUCGACGAGCCUCCAGAAAGGCACUACGAGUGUACGGAUCUGGUGAACAACCUGAUGGGGAUGGCCGUGGGGAGCGUCUACGUCUCCAAAUUCUUCCCGCCCAGCGCCAAGCAAGAGGUGGAGCAGCUGGUGAAGGACCUGAAGGCGGCGUUCGACGGGAUCCUGGACUCGAUCGACUGGAUAGACGCGGCAACGCUGGAGAAGGCGAAGGAGAAGAAUGAUGCCAUUCGGGCCUUCAUCGGAUAUCCCGAUUUCAUCCUCGAUCCGGAGGCCCUAGCCGAUUAUUAUUUUGGGUUCACCGUGGACGAAGGGAGUCACCUGCGGAAUAUAUUCAGCCUGCUCAGCUGGAAGUGGAGACGACAGGCGUUCGGCGUAAACAGCUCGGUGAAUCGGGACGCCUGGAUCAUCCACCCGACCGUCGUCGACGCCUUCUACUAUCCCAGCAUGAACUCCAUCACCUUCCCGGCGGGGAUCCUGCAGAGUCCGUUCUAUGAGCAAGGGAGGCCGGCCGCCAUGAACUUUGGCGGGAUCGGGAUGGUCAUCGGGCAUGAAAUCACCCACGGGUUCGACCCAUCGGGCCGCCAAUACGAUGCCCAUGGGAACCUGGUCGACUGGUGGACGGAUGCAACGGCCGAGGCCUUCGGGCAAAGGGCCCAGUGCUUCGUCGAUCAAUACGAUGGCUACCAAGUCCCGGAACUCUCAGACUUCCUGGAAGACCCGCACGUGAACGGACUGUUGACUCUGGGAGAGAACAUAGCCGAUAAUGGAGGGUUGAGUGAGGCCUGGUUCGCCUACCUCAACUACAUCGACCGGAACGGAACGGAACCCUCCCUCCCUGGUCUCGACUUCCUCACGCCUGAGCAGCUCUUCUUUGUCACCUUCGCUUAUAACUGGUGCGGGCACAGCACAGUUCAGGCUCUUCUGAACGCGAUCAUGUACGAUCAGCACAGUCCACCAAAGUUCAGGAUCUACGGAACCCUGAGCAACAACGCCGCCUUCGCCGAGGCCUUCGGCUGCAAUGCCAACCACUUCAUGGUCAACGGGAACGACAGCUGCGUCAUGUGGGGGGCGGAGGAGCAGCGA